AGUUGACCUCCAUUUUCGUAUUAAUUGUUAUAUUAACCUGAAGAACUUGCAACAAUGGACUCGACAAGUGAAGAAUUGAAAACUGAAGCCAAGUUCAAGGUUGUUUUACUAAAAACCUACCUCGAUGCUAAAAACUGUACCGACACAGUCACGUAUAACCAUUUCUUCAUAUUCCUUUGACAUGAAAAGAUACUCAUAGUACUGAAAAGUAUCUUAUUAUGGCACAACCUAACAGUACUUAUCCAUCCGACGAACCAUCGUACCAUCGUAUACCUACGUGGAGGCUUGAGGCUUCAAAACUCAAAAGUUCUUCACCCAGUGCGGUCUCAAUGUCUCGUACAAUGAACCCGCCUGUACCAGCGAAUUCGCAUUUUCCUUAAAUUUCCUCAAAAAUUAUUUUCUAAUAAGUAAUUCCUUAGUAAUUAUGCGAUAUUUUGAUAACGGUGAGUGCGGUGUUAUUUCUUAUCAAGCAUUACGUGGUAUAGCAAACAGAGUUAGUUCGUAUGUAAAUAUGAGGAGGAACAAUACUUAUACUGAGGGGUUUAACAGGCCGAAGAAAAGUGUCGCACGGGCCUACUUGUGUUGGUUUUUCGGCGGAAUUUUCGGUCUGCAUUUGUUCUAUUUAGAACGAGAUGCUCACGCUUUUCUGACUUGGAGUACUCUCGGUGGAUAUGGAUUGGGGUGGUUAGCCGAUAUUACGAAGAUUCCUAGAUAUGUUAGGGAUUGUAAUGAUGAUCCCAAGUUUUUGGGGGAGCUUGGAGAGAGGAUGCGAAGAAAUCCUAAACCUCCUUUCUCGACGAGCAGGUUCAUCUCUGCGAUUAUGGUGGGUUAUUUAUGGGGCCAGUUAGUCAUGUUGGCAAUACCUGAAGAUGAAGUAGCAGGAAUCAAUUGGAAUUAUAUACAUUGGUUAAUACCAUUAGCUGUAGCACUAGGUGUCUGGAUAGUGGGAAAUAUAGGCAGGGAGCAAGGCAAACCGUGGUUAACCAUAGCCGUAACAUAUGCGACGUAUACCUCACGAUGGUACUUUUUCGACGAAAGCAUCUGGUUGACAUUGAUGGUAUUCUGCGCGGGACUGACGUUUGAUUCUUUUUCCAAACAUUGGCGCAGAACACCAAGAAAAAAGAGGAAUUUUGCCGCUAGAGUCUCAGUUCUACUAGUUUGUGCUAUUUUAUAUUCAGCCCUUUGGAGUUCCUAUUUCUAUUUUAACGGCAAAAUAACAGACUCAAAUGGAGAUGAAAUUCCCAUUCACGAAGCACUGCAUCACUUCUUCACAUCACCUUGGUGGACGGAUCUAAAGCAGUCUUUGUAUGACACGUAUGUCUAUGCUCAACACCACGGCUGGUACGAAAUAUGGAAACAAAUAAUAGAUCUGUCGGACCCCCAAGGAGAACAGAAUGCUUACAAAAUCCUGGGAGUCGGUCCAUCUUCUAGUCAAUCGGAAAUCACUUCAAGAUGGAGGGCGUUGAGUAGAGAAUUCCAUCCCGAUAAAGUGAAGGACUCGGGAAGUCAGAGAGCAGCGCAAGAAAAAUUCAUGGAGAUCCAACAAGCUUAUGAAAUACUGUCGAAUAUUAAGAGCAAACGAAGGAGAAAGAAUAAAAAAUCGAUCGAAGAUGAUACGUAGAAGAUUUAUUAAAUGAUAG